AUGUACGACGAUGUAGAGACGCGUCGGCGCGAGGAGGCUCACCAGCACGCUGCGGCGUCUUUGAUUCAGCGGCGAUGGCGCGAGCACACGGAGCGGCGCGGCUUGGAGCAGGACGCCGCGCUCCGUGGCACGUGCGGCAAUAACGUGCUGCUGGUCGCCUCUAAUAUGUUCGGCGACGCGGUAGUGAGCAGAGGAGGCGAGACUGAUGAUGCCAUCCCGCCGCUGAACAGCGAUGGCUUUGAUGAUCUUGCGCAAACAGUACAUACGCCAGAGGAGAAGCGCCGAGCGUGUGUGGAGGAGUACCGCGCUCUCCUUUCGAAGCGCAAGGCGUUGCUCGAGAACAACCUGGCCUACCAACAACUGCUGUCCCGUCACUACGCGGACCAGCGACGCCGCAACGGCGAGGACGAUGUGGCACAGCUCACAACACCAGAUGCGGAGGCAGCGUACUGGGCCCUCGUGCGCCAGGUAGCAGAGGAGCGACAGCGUGUGGCGGCACGGAGCGCCGCUCUGAAGAAGGACCUCGAGCUGCAGCGGCAGCGCUACGAGCCUAUCAUGGAGGAGGCCACCAUACAGGAGCGGAACUUCCAGCAGUACAUCCAGGAGCUAGCGGCGAGCGUGCGCUUCAUGCGGUCAAACAGACCAAUCCCAAGCGAGGCGAUCGAAAAGUACGUUGAGCUGGAGGCGGCGCAGCGCGGCGCCAUCCAAGCCUCUCGCGUGCGCUACCUCCAGCUCAGAAAUCGCCUACUGCGGCUGCGGCGGGCGGCCAAAGGAGGCGCAGCACUGUCCUCAUCCGCGUCCGCCGCAACGGCGGCCGUCACCGGGCAGGAUGGUGAGGAGUCUAACGCCGCCAACCACCACAUGUUCCUCAUCGACUUUGAGCAGCUCAAGGUGGAGAACACGAGCCUCAACGAGAAGAUCGAGGAGCGAUCCGAGGAGGUGCUGAAGCUGCGCAACAAGGUCACGAAUACCAUCCACAUUGCCACGCAUGUGCGUGAGAAGUUGGACUGCGUGCGGGCAGAGAACGCCGAGCUGCGUCAACAUGUCGCGAGCACGGACGAGGAGCUUGGUGGCGCGCGUGAUCAGCUGGCGAAGUCAAAGCGGCGCCGCGAUGCGCACCUGCGCGCCAAUACACGGAUGAAGGAGCGCAUGCCGCUGGUCGGCUCGCGCGAUCUACUGAUGGACUACGAGAAGCGCAAGGCUGUCAUCUACAACUACCGCACCCGCUUGGUGCAGCUGACGGACCGCCAUAAGGAGUUGACGGACAGCAUCAAGAAGGAGGAGUCCACCAUCGUCUCUCUCAAGCAUGAGCUCAGUCACUACCCACGGUGA